CGUAUGGCUUGCUGCGAUCUUGACCGCACCGCUGUUGGUAGCAUGGAAAUAGUAUUCCGUUUGUUUGCCUAGCGGUCGGUUCGGUUUGCGUGCGGGUGCGAGGUUCUCUAAUGUUUUUAUUCGCGCACCGUGGAUUUCAAGGAUUUCUUCAGCCUCGUCUCCAGGAGGCACUUCUUAGGCGAAAUAAUAUUACUCAGGGUGGCAAUCAAACUAGACGUGUACUUCACAGUUGUUUGGUUAAGCGGCAAAGUUACAUUCCAGCCUUAAGCUAUUCUUCCAUUCGUCUUCAAAAGUUUUUCCAGUAUUCCAGGAUGUUAGCAACAGAAGCACAAAACAAUGGCCAACAACCCAUCAACCGAAAGGGACCGAUAAAACCGGUUGCUUUUACGAAAAACAUGACAUUCUUCACGGAGGAAGGAAAGAAACCCUACGAAAAGAAUUCCAGCACGUUGAGGCUAAGGGAACCUUUCGGAAAGCCGCUCGUCUUAGUAUGCGCGUGGCUCCAGGCAACCGACAAACACCUGGCCAAGUACGCCGAGUUCUACCUUGAGCAAGGGUUUGAGGUGCUGACGGUAUACAUUACACCCUGGCAGCUCGUCUGGCCAGUGCACGGUUCACAGAAGGUGGCCGAAGAUGUGGUCAAGUUUCUUUCGAACAAUGAUUUCCCGGAAGGUAUAGUACUCCAUGGGUUUUCCGUUGGGGGCUACCUUUGGGGCGAGUGUCUAGUGAAGCUACACGCUCACCCAACUGGAAGCCGUACGUUGCAGAAGAUCGUUGGCCAGAUCUGGGACAGUGUUGCCGAUAUAACGGAAAUCCCGGUCGGAGUGCCACAUGCGGUGUUACCGAGGAAUCCAAAGCUUCAAAAUAUGUUGCGAAAUUACAUAACCUAUCAUCUGAAGCUGUUUCACGAGGAAGCGACCCAAUAUUACGAGCAUUGCACGCAUCUGUUCCACCACGAACCAGCUCAAUGUCCGGCCUUACUGCUUGUCUCGAAAACCGACCCAGUCGGUACGGAAACGGCCAAUCGUAGACUUUGUGGCAUUUGGGAGUCAAUCGGUGUGAAGACGACGCUCAAGUGUUGGGAUAAGUCCCCUCACGUGGGCCACUUCCACAAACACCGGGAGGAGUACGUGCAAUUACUGUUGACCCACCUUCGGUCACUUAAUCUACCGAUGUACAACCGCAAGGCUAAGCUCUAAUGACCUGACGACAACCUCCCAUUCUGGUGCCGUACUAAAGGGGCAAGGGCUCUCUGUGAUUAUCGUAAAGACAAACAACCAGCUAGCUGGCAGUGACAAAUCGAAUCGAAAGAUAACCGAACACCGAAACUGAUAAGAAAGAGCAGAGGCAACACCAAACCAAGUCCAAUCGUUUUUAGGUGAUUCGGUUUCUUUCUUCGCUACGGUCGACCUUUGUGAU